AUGUUUGGUGCUUUUAAGGCAACCAUGGCCGUAUGUGGUGGCUUACUAUGGAAGAGACCGAAAAGAAUGAGCAAAACUAGAAAGGCCAAUGUUCGUAAAAGGUUAAAAGCAGUUGAUAAAGUUGUCGCUGCAGUUGCUUCCUCUGGUGUUAAAUGUAAAGCCUUGACACUUGCAUUACAAUUACCAAAAGAAUGCGAAAUGACACCAAGAGAUAAGUAUACAGUUUUUAGUAGAAAACAUAAAGGUUAUAGGAAAGGUUUUCAUUUAGUACCUAAAUUCACAAAAUUGACAAUGAGAACAACUCCACCAGGUUUUUAA